UCUUCUCCACCAUAGCAGCCAGUGAAGCACCUUGCGAUCAUAACGAGUUUUCCAUCAUUUUCUCCACCAUAACAACCAGUGAAGCACCUUGCGAUCAUAACCAGCAAUAGCAGCAACACCUGACGCUUCUCCCUACCAGCCUUUUCGGGUCUCUCCUUCAAUUUCAACAUAAUUUAUAUGGGGUGUGAAGGGAUGUCUGAGGAACAUAUUGUUAGAUACCACCAUGGGGUUACACUUGUGAAAGAAGGAAUGCUGCAAUACAAUGGUGGCAAAAUUAAUGCCUUUGGUGUUGACCCUGACAAGCUGUGCUACUGGGACUUGUUGGGAGACAUUCAAGUGUUGGGGUACAAUGUUAGCGCAACCAUUGAUUUGUUUUUUUGUGGAUGACAGUGGAACAUUAAAGCAGAUAUCUGAUGAUACUGGGAUUAGGGGUCUCACUGAACACCUUCACAAGCACCUUACAGUGGAUGUGUAUGUUGAGAAAGCAGGUGGUGGGCAUGUUAAAGAUUUGCCAGAUAUUUUAAGAGCUGAUGUCCAAGAGAAGUGCUUUACAAGUUUAUUAUCUAGAGUCCCGGUUACUGAUUUCGUGAGUGAAAGUGAAAGUGAAGAGCAAAAUUUGGAUAUUGAUCAGGAAGUUGUUCAUGAAAAUAAACAAGCCGCAAGGAGUGAAUGAGGUGAUAAGUAGGGCAACCAGAGUGGUGAUGAUGAUGAAGAAAGACUAAUUCAGGUACCUUAUGCUAAAUGUUGUUCUGCUGAAGAUGCAGAAAGGGAUGAAGCAAGGGAGAAGGUCAUAAAUUAUGUUGAGUUAAAGAAGAACUUCCAAAAUGAUGUCAACAAUGAAGAUGAUGGAGGCCAAGCAGUAAAUGCAGACAAUGAAGUUGGUGCUAGGAGUAACACUAGGAGUAUUUCUGAAUUUGGGAAAGUUGGUGGAUAUGAAAGUGAGUAUAUAUCAUCAUCAGAUCCAGGGAGCUAUGAAGACACAAGUGAAGGAUCAGAUAAGGAAGAUGCACAAAGACAUAGAUCUAGCAGGAGGUUCUUUGAUCCCAAAAUGCCAUUUGAGGAUUUUUUUCCUUGACCUCAGUUUCAAGGAUUUGAAGCUCUUUAAGAAGGAACUAGUGGAGUUUUCAACCAAAAGAGGUUUUGAAUUUACAUACAUCAAGAAUGAUGCAGUGAGGGUUAAAGCUGCAUGUUCUGCCAAAAAUUGCACAUGGUUGAUUCUUUGUUCAUGGUGCAGUGCAAAGAAGUCAUUUACAGUGAAGCACUAUGUCUCUCAGCAUACUUGUCUCCUUGGAGCUACUAGAAAUAGAAGAGUGACAGCUCCAGUUGUGGCUAAGAGGUAUGGAGAAUUGAUCUAUGGGAUGCCAUUUGUUACACCUAGGCAUUUAAGGUCUCUGGUCAGAAAGGAUAUGGGUGUCUUCAUCACCAACAAGGUCUGCAGGAAUGCAAAAGGUUGGUUGUUGAGAGAAUGGAAGAGCAAUUUUGGGAGGAAUUUAGGGUAUUAAAUAAUUUUGCCCUUGAAUUAAAGGCCACACACCCAGGAAGCAAUGUCAUAGUUCUGUCUCAAAGGUUGAAGCAAGAUCAGUUACCCACAUUCCAGAAGAUGUAUAUAUGUCUAACAGCUGCAAGAGAAGGUUUUAUUAGUGGGUGUAGGAAGAUUAUAGGAGUUGAUGGCUGUUUCUUGAAGGGGUUGCUAAAAGGCCAAUUGCUUGUAGUUGUUGGGAGGGAUGGGAACAACCAGAUGUUCCCUAUGGCAUGGGCAGUGGUGCAGACAGAGACAACUGAAUCUUGGACUUGGUUUUUUGAGCAGCUCAAGGAAGACCUCUGCAUUGGAGAUGGACUUGGAUGGGCAUUGAUCAGUUACAUGCAAAAGGGCCUAAUACAUGCAGUUAAUGAUAUGUUCCCUCACAUUGAGCAUAGGAUGUGUGCAAGACACAUCUAUGCAAGAUGGGGGGUAAGAAGCACCAAGGCAAAGAGCUCCAGCUUGGGUUCUGGAAUGUGGCUAGGUCAACCAAUCAACCAGAAAUGCAAAAAAACCUAGAUGUGAUGUCUGCAAUGAAUGGAGGAGAAGAAGCUGUGAAGGAGUUAUUGGAGAACUGGCCCAUCACAGGUUGGUGUGUUGCAUUUUUUUCUGAUAUAGUUAAGUGUGAUACUAUAGACAACAACAUGUGUGAAACAUUCAAUGGAGUGGUGCUAGAUGCUAGGAGUAAACCAAUAAUAACCAUGCUAGAAGACAUUCGACAGUAUGUUAUGACUAGAUUGGCUGUUAAGAGGGAUCAUGUGUUGAAAUGGAAGUGUGAAUGUGGACCAAAUAUAGUUACCAAGCUAGAUAAGGAAAGGAAAAAGUGUGGUAAGUGGCAUGUUGAAUGGAAUGGAGGGUCUAGACAUGAAGUGUACUGGGACAACUUGAUCUUGCAUGUCAGGGAGGCUUAUGUUGUCACAUUGGCAGAGCAUGUGCGCUCUUGUAGGAAAUGGAGUAAAUCUGGCAUUCCUUGUCAGCAUGCAAUUGCUUCCAUUGCUUUCAGUGGGCUAGAACCUUUGGACUUUAUCUCUGAAUAUUUCAGAAAGGAGUACUACUUGAAAGCAUACCAUAAUGUAGUAAACCCAGUGAAAGGCAGAGAAUUUUGGCCAUUAAGUGAGGAAAGAACCCUGCUACCUCCCAUGGUUAGGAGAAUGCCCGGAAGACCUGCUAAGAAGAGGAAGAGAGAACCACUAGAAGAUAAGAACAAGGGCAGAUUAAAGAUUUCAAGGAGGGGAAGAGUAUUUAAGUGCAGCUUAUGUCUUGCAGAAGGGCACAAUAAACUCACUUGCCCACAAAAAAAAUCCACGGGGGGAAGCACUGAACACCCACAGGAUGUAGACAUUUCAUCUGUAGAUACCACUGCCAAUGUUGCAUCUUCUCAGGCAAGCCAUAGAGGGCAUUUUGCAGCAAAGAGAAAGCAACAAAAGACUGCUACUGCUAUUGCACCUAGGCCAAGGAGGAAGAUCACUCCAAAUCCUGCUGCACCUACACAUGGUCUAUCUGAACAGAUAGGACAAGAAUGCCUUUUUAGAACAAAUGGGAAAAAAACAUUAGCUGCCGAAAAUUCUGCUCAGACUAACAUUGUCACAGAUGGUGGAAGAAAUCAAAACAAAGAAUUUGCUCUAAAGGGGAAACAGGAUGCACCCAAGGGAAGCACAUCUACAACUUUACCCCAUCCCACUUCAGGGAACAUUCAAAUUUUGAAGGGAAGAUACAGCGGGGGGUUUAUAAUUGGAAGGUAUAGCAUGAGUGGAAGAGUAAGUGGAAGUCAGAAUUCCACUGCCACUGCAGUUAACACAGCACAAGAAGCUCAGGCAGCCUUGGGAACACAGCAAAGCAUGACAAUUGAUGCUGUUAAAAAAAAUCCGUGAAAUGAAGCAUUAGAACUUUUGGAAUGUGAUGUCCUGUUUUUCUCUUCAUGUUAAAAACUUAAAACUACUUUCUGAUGUAAACACAUGCUGUAAUUUUGGUUCAGUAUGCAACAGUUUUGAUGAACAUUUUGUUGCAUUCCUGAAUGAUUUGUAAU